UCUGAUGUCAGCAGAAUGUGAGUUUCAGAAACCGGAAUCAGGUUCAAACAAGGCGGCGGGGACUGUCAAUAUUGUACCGUACGGGAAAGAAUAACGACUACACACAGAUGCCCGUUAUUUCUCCACGGCUCCGGUGAUAUUACACGGGUUACUUCACGCUAGCAGAUUUGGGACUCGAUCCCGUGUGACCGGAUUCUAGUUUCCCCGGACUCGGUACGAGGUUUUUCAGCCUUUGCCACCGGACCGGGAAGCCUCUGGUACAUGAAGGGAGCUCAUCCAGAGUGAUACACUUGCUCCAUACAUGAGGAGGCUCCUGACAACACCACCACAGCACAACAAACCCAGGGCCUAUGGAUCCUGUUGACUCUGGACAAGGGCCAGACCAGGGUUGCCACAUAUCACCCAGCUCCAAAGGACGACAACGCAAGAAAAAUCCAAAAUAUUUGGAUUAUGAAACUGAAGAGGUGACCAAUGUGCAACGCUCCCCGCGAAAAAGACAGAGCUCAGGAAGAGGAAAAGGAGCAGCUUCUGAGAAGUCUCCGGUAAAGAAUGGAACUAAUGAGGAUACCACACAACAGACUGAAGACGGGGGUCAAGACGAAACUGACAAAACACUUUCAGAGUCGGAUGAAACUCCUAAAAAGGCCGUGAGAGCGAAGAAGACUCCGGCCAAAAAGACUCCGGCCAAAAAGACUCCGGCCAAAAAGACUCCGGCCAAAAAGACUCCGGCUAAAAAGACUCCAGCUAAGAAAACCCCCGCCAAACAAACUCCCACCACUGAUGAGAGUCUCCCAACUGAUGAGAGUCUCCCAACUGAUGAGGGUGGGAUUGUAGAUGCUGUGCAGGAGGAAAAUGGGACCCCAAAGCCUAAGAGAAAGUAUGUGAAGAAGCAGCAGCCUGUAAAGGAAGUGGUGAUAGAGGAACCGCCGAAUGAAGCCGAGGAGGAGACGACGCCGAGCGGACGCCGCAGGAGAGGAGCGGCUAAAGUGUGA